AAGAAAAUGAACGUUUUGGAACAAGCAUUAAAAUAAAUAUAGGAAUUAAAUUUCAAGGGUCAAUACAGAAAAGCAUAUGAAUAACUCAAGCAAGUAGGGAAGGAUUUGGAGACUUACGAUUCCACUUUUAAGGUGUUUCAAAGACGAUCAUGCAACAUAGAAUUAUUGGCUGCCUUCUAUACUGAGUAUGGGAGUGUGGCUUUGAAAUUGAGUUUAUUGGAUAUAUCGAAGGAGUGUGUACAAUGUGCAUUUUAUCAUUUGAAAGACUUUGCUAAUCUGAACCUAUUUAUCUUGAAUAUCCUCACAUAUCAGAAGAUCAAAUUCUGGCUUUUUCGGUAGAGGACUGUCUCUUAUAUAGAUCAGAUACCUAGACUCCAUUCAUCUGUUAAAGAGACUUUUGAAUGUUGUGCCUAACUCUCUCAUUCAUUACAAAAUCGAGAUCUUCAUCAAUAUUGCCAAUUCCCAAAGAGCUUGGUGUAAUUAUGAAGAUGCUGCAAGUUCCAUCAAUCAAGCAGAACAACUGGCCAAUCUACUCAGUCCAUCUCAUUGCAAUGAUUUACUCAAAACUAACAUUCUAUUUCAUAAGGCUCGACUGUACAUGGACAUAUAUAGAUGCAAACAUGGACUGGGUUUUGCAUUGGAGUAUGUAAAUCAAAUGUUAAUUAGUUGUCAGUUGUUUGCAGUAAAGAGAGACGUUAUUGCCACGUGAUCAUCCUGAGAUUGCUAUAGCCAUGGAACUGGUUGCCAAAAUCAAUCUUAUGUAGAAUGUAGUGGAGGAAGCAUAAAAGUAUCAUGAUUAGGCCUAUACGUUGAAGAUCAAGGUUUUUGGAUUGCACAACUUUGAGACCAUUGAUUCAUUAAUUGAAAAGGGACGUCUCUUGCUCUCCUAUAAAAAGGUAUCCUCAUCAUAAUUAAGCAGGAAUAAGAAGCCAUGUAUUACUUUUCAUUGAUCGGAGAUAUCAGUUAAGUACUGUUGGGUCCUUGCAAUCAAUAUCAAGCACUCUCGUACAGUAAUCUAGGAUGUGCUUUGUUCAAUAUUGGCGAAUAUGAAUCUUCUAUAGAACAACACUCGAAAGCACUUUAAAUCUAAGAGAAAUUCUGUGGUCAAGAUUAUGCUAAAUUGGUAUCCUCCUUACACUAAAUGGCAAAUGCCAAUAAGUUGCUUAACAGACCAAAAGCAGCCUUCACGAUUUGGUGGCGUUGCCAAAUGAUCUUGGAGAAAAAUCCUUAAGUAAAUUCCAAAUAGUUAUCAGUCAUAAAGUCUAGAUUAGAAGGAUUGUCUAUACAAGAAGAAGAUUGA